CACACACACAGAGCGCGAACGAGAACUAGCCAGGAAGAGAAUCAAGAGGGAAAAUGUUUUUGGCCGGAGCUGAAGAACGACGCGAAACCGAUAAGAAGCAGCGUGGUGGAUGGAAAGCCAUUGCUUAUAUUCUAGGGAAUAAGACGUUUGAGAGGCUGGCAGUGUUUGGGCUGCUUGCGAACUUUCUGGUGUAUCUGACAAGGGAUCUUCACAUGGAUCACGUUUCUGCUGCGAUUAUUGUGAGUUUAUGGUUUGGUUUCUCUAACUUUGGACCUCUCAUUGGUGCUUUCGUCUCUGAUGCUUAUGCUGGUCGAUUCGCCACCAUCGCUUUCGCUUCUUUCUUCUCUCUUGUGAUAUUUCGCACCGGUGACUCGCAUUCUCUCCGCCUCAGCUCGCGCGCAGGAAUGAAUGAGGAAAUGAAGGAAGGCUGCUUUGGCCCCAAGAUUAGCAAGGACAACAUAAUAUACUUUCGCUUCAUGCAAAGCUAAGGAGGUGGCAUGUGACUUGUGCAUCAAUUGGGCAAUUGAGGUCAACACUCCUUGAAAUCAAUGGCUGAUGGUUUGUACGUGAAUUAUGAUUAUUUUGAGGGAUUAAAUCAGCCUAAAUGAUGUGGAUGACACAUGAGAAGUUAGGCACACAUUGGAAUCAUCUACAAACCAAUAGGAAGUUGCUACCUUGCAAGUGUGACAAGGCUCCCAUUUACAUUUUAAUUUCUUUUUAUUUUUUUUUAAUUAAGCUUCAGCUGAUGGGAAACACCAAGGAGCAUGCCAUUUUAAGCCCUAAAUAAGAUCCAACACUGAUCUCAUUCAUCUUCCACAUUCUCUCUCUCUUGUUCAUAGUGUUCUUCAUUUUCUCUCUUUUGUUCUUCAUUUUUCAGCACCCUAACCUCUAUUUUCAGUCACCAAACCUCCAUAAAACUCAUACCAUUCUUCUCCUCUCUUUAUUUUCAUUCCAUCCCUUCCAUUUUCACAAAGAUUGAAGCUCAUUUCCAUCAUUCAAGAGCUAUGGAGUUUGGCCUUCACAAGCAAUCACUAAGGUUCUUGAAGAUGAAGAUUGGCUAAGUUUCUUUGUGAAAUCCUAGAGAGAUAAAGAUGGAGGAUGAGUCUUGAGCUUCAAAUUGGCUAAGUUCUUUUGUUUCCUAUCCUCUUCUCUUUUUACUAGAUGGUUAGAUUCCUUAAUCUAGGGUUUAAUCAUCUUAGCUUAUAAAUUCUAAUUUGAAUUUGAUGUUGAUGUAAAGAGAGAGGAUUGUUUCAUUCAAUUUCUUCUUUGGACAACCAUGACUGAAU